AUGAGUGUUCUUGAAUACCCAGACGCCAUUAACGCCCCGGAGCUUCAGGUCUGGAACAACGCCGCCUUCGACGACAAUGAGGGCUCUGAGUUCUCCUGCGCCACCGUUAAAGCUUCCUGGUCUUCCGAAUCCGAUUGCAGCAAAGAGAAUCUGAGCCCGGUUCCGAAAACCCCUGUUUUCGCGGCGUCUUCGGUGCCGUUUAAGCCGCUGAACGGAAAUUCGCGGCGGUUGUCUGUGGCGCCGAAGAAGAUGGGGUUUGAGGUUGAAGAAGAGAAAGGUCGAGACUUGGGGAAGAUCGAUUCGGAGAUUGAGGAAAUCGAGAAGGAGAUAGGCCGAUUGAAUUCGAGGCUGGAGUUGCUGAAACUCGAGAAGGCCCAGAAGGCGGCGGAGAAGCGCGGCAGAGUUGUGGCGGCGAAGUUCAUGGAGCCACCGAAGCAGAGUGUGAAGAAUUCCGAUGGGUUGAGAAAGAUUGAGGAGUCUUUGAAUUUGAGCGCAAGGCCGAAGGUUAAUCGGAGAGGUAUGAGUUUGGGGCCGUCGGAGAUUAUCGCCGGAGCCGGGUUCCGGCGGCCGAGUAAGUUUGAGAUAACCCCUGUUCAGAAAAUACAGGAUCGCCGGAAAUCUUGCUUCUGGAAGCUUCAGGACAUUGAUGAACUGAGGGUUACUAAAGAGAGGGGUAAAAGCACGAGUCUUAGCCCGAAAUCAAGGAAGACUGCGUCGAAAAUCGGAGCUCCGAAACAGGCUGCAACUUCAAUUGGGGGUUCUAAGAGGCCGGUGAAGAAGGAAGACAAGGUUCUUGGUUCAAUUGAGCCCAAGAAGCUCUUCAAAGAAGGGGAGAAGUCUGUGCCUAACAAGAAGCCAGUCAAGGCUGGGAGGGUUGUGGCAAGCAGGUACAAUCAGAUUGGUACUUCUUCGGCUGCUGCGGCGGAUGGUCGGAAAAGGUCUUUGCCGGAUGACGACAAGGACGAUGGGAGCCGGUGUGAGAAGAAGCGCGUGUCAUUGGUGGGGAAGCCACGUGGCAUUGGGAGGGAGGGGUCUAGGAGCGUUGGACCGGAGAGUAGGAUGAAGAAGAGGUGGGAGAUUCCUAGUGAGGUCGUGGUGUUCCAGGGUGUGGAGGAGGAUGGUGUUGCUGAAAUCGGUGCUGUGAAUGAUGGGCUGCCGAAGAUUAGGACUGUUCGAUGUGUUAACGACACGCCAAGGGGGUCAGGGCCGGCGAAAAGGGUGGCGGAAUUAGUUGGGAUGAAGAAGUAUUUUAGCAACAGUGAUGAGUUCUGCCAGGAAUUGAGUUUUGCGGAAGAGGAGGAUGGUGAAGAAGAAUGA